AUGGAUGAAAAAAAUGAUCCCCCAACAGCUAAACCUGAAGAUGAAGUAAGUAUAACCAACAUUUCGGUCCAAAUGGUAUCUGCAGAAGACAAGUUGGCAAAGAGGAUUCUAGCAAGGAAAAAGCAUGACAAAUUGAAGAAAAAAGAUAAGUUGCUAUGGAAUUUUCAAAACAAAAUAAUUCUCUUUACCCUCAUUCUAUUCGUUUUAGGAGUUGUAACCUGGACAUUACUGUGGCUCUUCAUUGUUCAGGCAGAAAACAAAGAUGCACUGUAUUUUGUUGGACUGUUUCGUGUUGCCAACAUAGAGUUCCUUCCAGAAUAUAGGCAGAAAGAGUCAAAGGAAUUCCUCUCUAUGGCACAGACUGUGCAGCAUGUGAUGAACUUGGUCUACACAACUUCUUCUUUCUCCAAAUUUUAUAAGCAGUCCACCGUCUCAGAAGUCAGUAACAACAACAAUGGAGGCCUUCUUAUUCAUUUCUGGAUCGUAUUUGUGGUACCACAGGCGAAGGGGCAAGUGCUGUGUGAGGAUUGUGUGGCUGCCAUUUUAAAGGAUUCCAUUCAGACAAGUAUAAUUAACCGGACUUCGGUGGGAAGUCUUCAGGGCCUUGCAGUCGAUAUGGAUUCCAUUGUCCUAAGUGCAGGUCUUCGGUCAGAUUAUUGGUCAACAACAGGAACAGGAACAAAUUGCAUGUAUGAUCUCUAUGCUGACAGACUACAUGAGCACUUUCCUCUGGAUACACGAGCUACCUCAGAGGGAACAAUCUGCUAUUUUAAGCUUAUUGCAUCUGUGGGCCACCUUAUCCGCCUUUCAAUAGUAUCCCUUCAGAUUGAAGCUGAUAACUGCAUCACUGACUCACUCACUGUUUAUGACUCUCUGGUGCCAAUCAAAGAUAAGAUACUCUACCGAGCCUGUGAAGCAGCUGAUUCAUUGGUGUCACUUGUGUCCACAAAUAAUCUCAUGCUGGUAAUAUUUAAGGCAGCUCAAGUAAAGGAGCAGAAGGAAUUCCGUGGCUAUUUUGAGGUCAUUGCACAAGAAAGGUGUGGAAAAGCAAUACUGACAAAAGAGGAAACCGGCUAUGAAGGGAGAAUCACAAGUCCAUAUUACCCAAGCUAUUAUCCUCCAAAAUGCCUGUGUGCAUGGAACUUCCAGACUCCACAGAAGAGCCUUGGUGUGGCUCUGAAGUUUCAUAACUAUACCAUUAGUGAGAAGAAUAUUAAAGGCUGUGAGCGAGGGUGGUGGAAAAUUAAUGAACGCAUGUACUGUGGUUACUAUGUUGAUCACCAAACAGUCUUCCACAUUAAGAGUUCUGCUGCCAGUGUGGAGCUUCAGUGCAGCUCAAAGGUCUCUGAGAAGCCUCUGCUGGUGGAGUAUGGCAGCUAUAGCAUCGGCCAGCCAUGUCCACCUGGACAUUUCAAGUGUUCUACUGGCUUAUGCAUCCAGCAGAUGCAGCGCUGUGAUGGCAUAAACAACUGCUUCGAUGAAAGCGAUGAACUCUCUUGUGUUGUCCCUGAGUGGAACUGUAACUCCAGCUUUGCAAUACAGGACAACUUGCUUGUCUGCAAUGGAGUAAGUGAUUGUGAGAACGGAAAAGAUGAGCAGAACUGCACUCAGAGUAUUCCCUGCACCAACCACACAUUCAAGUGCAGGAAUAACAUUUGCAUUAGGAAACAAUAUGCAAAGUGUGACGGGACUGUGGACUGUGUUGAUGGAAGUGAUGAAAGCAGCUGCAGUUGUGGCAGUAGCAAGAUCAGCAGUCUCAUCUCUCGGAUUGUAGGUGGCUCAAACACUGAGGAAGGUGAAUGGCCCUGGCAGGUCAGCCUUCAUUUUGUGGGAGCCGCUUACUGUGGAGCAUCAGUGAUAUCGAAGGAAUGGCUUGUGUCUGCAGCCCACUGCUUUCAAGGGAGCAAACUGGCUGACCCCAGAGCAUGGCGUGCCCACCUGGGCAUGCAAAUGCAAGGCCAUGCCAAGUUUGUGUCUGCAGUAAGGCGGAUCGUAGUGCAUGAGUACUACAACAGCAGGAACUACGACUACGACAUCGCGCUGCUGCAGCUGAGCACGCCGUGGCCUGACACCAUGAGCCACCUCAUCCAGCCCAUCUGCCUCCCUCCCUCUUCCCAUAAAGCCCGCAGUGGGGACAAGUGCUGGAUAACAGGUUGGGGCCAGAAGCAGGAAGCAGAUGAUGAAGGUUCAGUAGUUCUUCAGAAAGCAGAGGUAGAAAUUAUUGACCAGACAUUAUGUCAUUCCACAUACGGGAUUAUCACAGCUAGGAUGUUUUGUGCUGGGCUAUCAUCUGGGAAAAGAGAUGGGUGUAAAGGUGAUUCUGGUGGACCACUAUCAUGUCAAAGCAAUGGAGAUGGAAAAUGGUUUUUGACUGGCAUUGUGAGCUGGGGUUAUGGAUGUGGAAGACCAAAUUUCCCAGGUGUCUACACAAGAGUGUCAAAUUUUGCACAAUGGAUACACAAAUAUGUGCCUUCAGACUUGUAACUUGAAAACUUUUUUCUUGGAAUAAAACAUGUCCUGGAUAUCUUCAUUAAAAUCAUAUUUGG